UUCUCCCCCUCGUCGACGUCUUCAUGAUCAUAUUCUCCAAAAACAACAAACAACCUCACGUGAACUCGAAGAGGUGCCAAUGGAUGACUUUGUGCCAACACGUUGUGCCCAUCAGCAAAAAACCCCUAAAAAAGACUUCGUGAGUGUGACGUACACCUCCCACAAGAAGAAAACCCCCUCGACAGCUGAUAAAUCGAUAAACCCCCGAAGAGAUGACCUUAAACCCUCCCCUGAGGACUUGAAGCGUCAGCAGGAGCUCGAGAUGAAAAGACUCCGAUGGGACGUCAUGAAAUUCGGUGCCUCUGGAUUCACUGGAGCUAAAAAAAAUGAGGCUAAAGUCGCCCUCGUCCUCCAACUCGGUGGAAAGCCAGUGAAAAAUCGAAAAAACGAAAACUACAAGCAAUUGAAGGUGAAAAAAUCAAGAGAAAGAGCGAGAGCGAAGAAACAGGAAUCAGGUCUUACCCACAGCUUAACAAAAAUCAAUACCAAAACUAAAAGAAAAAGGCAAUCAACAAUUCUGGAUGUUUAUGGAAAAGUGGAUAGGAAAAUCAAGAGGUGAUGGAAUUGUUUAAAAUGUUUUAU